AUGUGGCAUGGGUUUUCGAAGACGUCUGUUUUACGAGUGACGGCAAUGCAGGAGAUGAUCCCGAAUGCUGCCGGAAAUCUCUUUCAGGAGGGCACAGUGUCGGACACCAUCUACGUGGUUCAGGAGGGAUCUUUGAACGUGACUGUCGCAGGGAGGCUCCUAGAAGUCCUUGGGGUUGGUGCGUGUGUCGGUGUCGAGGGGGUGCUCCGCGGUACACAGGCCCAGGCCGUCUCCAUCGGGUCAAAUGCUGCAGUCCUGUGGUGCGCGGCUAGUUCGACGAUCACAAGGCUGCUGGAAGCACACGCGUCCAGGGUAAAAGCAGAGACACGGAAGUUCAUUGACCGUGUGCGACUGUUUGACUUCUUGCCAGAUGAGAAGAAGGCCUGCCUUUCCGACUUGAGGGUGCAUCAUGAGGUUCUCCGUGCCGGAGAUCGUGCCAUGUCGACGGGAGAUAUGCCGCUGGCCAUCUUCAUUGUGAAAACGGGCAGGCUUUCUCGUAAGAUGGGUCAAAGCUUUUCACCGUACCCCGGAGAGCAUCCUGGCACGAAGAGGAUGUGCACCUAUUCGCCCGGAGAAGUCAUUGGUGCUGGUGCAUAUCUUUCCAACCUUUCUGAGCGACAUCUUGGUCCAGUGAGGGCAGAUGUUACGGCCGAGAAGAAAUCCACAUUGCUAUCCUUAGACCUGAAGGAGCUGGAGGAGCUUUUGGGGGAUGACCUCGACGAGUGCUUACAACGUGCUUUCAUGGUCUUCGGCAUCAAUCAGCUCCCGUUCCUGGCAGGGCUCACUGCCAGGCAGAAACAUGUCAUCGUCAAAGCCAUGGAGGUGCGGAGGUAUGGCGCUGGUGAACAAGUUUCUGAUGUGCAGUUUGCCAUGGUUUUUGAUGGCAGCUUGCUGGUGCAGCAAGGGCUUCGUCCAGUGUUGGAACUUGAUUUCGCUGACUACUACUUUGACUCAACACUGUUCUCAGCCCAGGAUGAUGCCGAGCGAGCAGAUGAAGAGCUGAAGGAAGGCGACUUGGACGAGGAAGCGAAGGGUGGCGUGCGCCUAGCUGGCGGAGCUUCUGGGGUUCGCUUGGCCACACUCGCAGCACGUAGUGCCAAGAAGGCGUUCAAGGAGAUGGGCCUCUCGCCUGUUCACAGCGCUGAGGACAUGAAUGACAUCGCUCUGGAGGUUUUGCAGGCAAGGCGUGUGUCUGUCCUGAGACAUCUUUCGGGUGCACAAAUUGAACGACUUGUCAAGCUGUUGGUGCCGCGGGUCUACGCAUCUGGCGCUUACAUCUUCGAAGAGGGAGAAAUUGGAACUUCCUUCUACAUCGUGGCAAGUGGCCAGGUGCAGGUGCUGAUCAAUGGGAAACCUGUGCGCACGCUGGCAAGGCAUGGCCACUUUGGAGAGCGGGCGCUGCUUUUCGAGGAGCAACGCCGCACAGCCUCAGUGCGUGUACUGAGCAAUGAGGCAGAACUUUGGUGCCUGGAGAAGUCUGCCUUUGAGGAAGUUCUCACGGACCACCUGAGGGAGGAGAUCAUGCGAAGAAUUGAGAUUCAGGACUCGCAGACGGACCUGAAAGACUUGUGCCAUGUCCGUGUAAUUGGCAUUGGAGGCUUUGGUCACGUCAGGCUUGUGGAGCAUCGACGCACAAAGCUUCGGUAUGCGUUGAAGCAGGUCAAGAAGGUAGACGGCUGCGUCCCAGAGCAUGUUCGCGGCGAGUGCGAGCUGCUUGCUGAGAUGGACCAUCCGUUCAUUUUGGACAUGUUGCAAGUGUAUGAGACGACCCAAAGCUAUUACAUCCUGAUGGAGUACAUCAUGGGAGGAACGCUUCGUUCCGUCUUGCAGGCCGAAAAGAUCCUGCACCAGGAGGCCGCUUGCUUCUAUGCUGGCUCGCUGAUCCUAGUCCUGGAGGUGCUGCACGACAGGAACAUCGUCUAUCGGGACCUGAAGCCCGAGAACGUCAUGGUCGAUGCCAGAGGCUAUGUGAAGCUCAUUGAUUUUGGCAUUGCCAAAAGACUCGAUGAGGAUGGUCGGACUUUUACCUGCAUCGGAAGCCCUCACUACAUGGCGCCCGAGGCCAUUCUGAGCCGGAGGGAGGGCUACGGCACUGAGGUUGACACCUGGUCGCUGGGGGUGCUGCUCUUUGAAGCACUUUGUGGUCAACAGCCCUUUGCGGCAUCUUUGGAUGACAAGCAGGAGAUCUGGGAAGCCGUGUUGAAGCAGGAGCUGGUCUUUCCCGACAAGUACAGAGAUCCUUGCGGUCGUCAGCUGCUGCAGGGUAUGUUGGAGAAGAGUCCCGAAAAUCGUCUUGGAGCUGGAGUGUUUGGUUGGGAUGACGUCAAGGAACACGACUUCUUUGCGUGGGGAGACGUGAGUCUCUUUGACUGCAUAGUGGAGAGAGUUCUUCAUCCUCCGCAUUUACCAAGAAGCACAAGCUUUGCUGAGCACUGCUCACAGGAGCUAACUUUUGCUGAUUGGCACGAAGAGAAGGAGAUCAUCCAGAGCCGAAGGAAGUUCAGCACCUACAGAUGA